GCGUAACAAUGGCGGUGGGUAUUAAAUGGGAUCCAACUCGGAAAUGGGAGUCAGAUUUCAUCAAAGUAAGUAAAGAUGGUUCUCGACACAUUCACAUGGAGGAUCACUCACUUCUCCCUUCUCGAAAAGGUCAAGUUUUACCACUCGGACGAGUUUCCAGUUGGUGGUAGCCUUUGGAAGUUGCAAAUUGGACCAGGAGGGGAUGGGGAUGGGUGGGGCAGUUCGUUGGCUGUUUACCUGAGUUUGUCGGAUGCAACAAAACCCGCCACCUUCACUAGAGCCAAACUCAGAGUGUUGAAUCAGACCAACCACUCCAAAAACCUGCAGAGACAGCUUAACCACUGGUUUGGAAGUUCUGAUCCGACAUUGGGGUUUCAGAAGUUCAUGCCUCUCAAGGACCUCUCUCAAGAUGCUUCUUCAUCGGGCUACCUUGUGAACGAUACCUUGGUUCUUCAAGCUGAAUUCGAAGAAAUUCGUAAAACUUGACAAAAUCCUGUGUGUGUGUGUGUGAUUCCCAUUUUCACAUUAUGUUUUCUAUCGUGCUAUGAACAUUUUCGGAAUGUCAUUAGUGGCCCAAAAAUAUGAUUCCAAGUCAA